AUGGAUGAAAUUCUAUUCAACUAUCAUCUUUGUUUGGACUUAUUGCACGGAGAAAUCGCAUCAACUAUGCAAAGGACUUUAAAUCCAACUUGUACUGGCACUUCGGUUAUUGCGGUGCAAUACGACAGAGGUGUGGUGCUAAUGACUGAUCGUGUGGUAUCAUACGGAAAAACUGCUAGGUACAAGAAUGUUUCCCGUCAAUAUAAGGUGAACAACAGCAUCAUUGUUGCUUUUGGUGGCGAUCAUGCUGACUUUCAAUGGCUACAAAACGUCAUCGAGCGGCAGGUACUCACUUGGAAAAUGAUUGGUCAGGAUCUUUCUCCUAAAGCUCUACAUGGCUACUUGACAAGUUUGAUGUAUGCUCGCCGCACACGAAUGAACCCUCUAUGGAACACAUUGAUUGUAGCUGGCAUAGAAGAUGAAGAGAAAAAUAACAAAGAAACAAGCAUUCCAUUUAUUGGUGUUAUAACUCAGAAGGGAGUGGCGUAUCAAACAAAGCAUGUCGCUACGGGAAUUGCUGCAAUGCUGCUUAACCAAGCUGUUGAAGAUGAGUGGAGAAAAAAGGGAGAGAAAUUGAGUCGUGCGGAAGCAGAAGCUGUUCUUCGCAAAGCUCUCGAGCUCACUAUUUAUCACGAUUGUUGUGCGGACAACGACUUCGAGCUAGGAGUUGUUGACGCUGACGAAGGCGUUAUGCUAGGGAAGCAGGAGACUAUUAUCGGCGAUUGGAGCAUUGCGGAAACCAACUGUCAGUAUGAGUGA